AUGCCCACAACCACACUUCGCGAAGGACUGGCUUACACACCACAACCCCUCAAAUUCGGCACCAGCGGUCGCCGCGGACUAGUCGUUGACCUGACUCAGCUAGAGAUAUAUACGAAUGUUCUCGCCGAGAUCCACUAUCUGCAGUCUCUUCCGCUCUCCGAAGGUGGCAUUCAAUCUGGAGAUGACUUUUAUUAUGCAUACGAUCUACGUCCUAGCUCUACAAAAUAUGUAGAAAACAACCGUGGCGGCCUCUGUCAAGCCGUGGAGCAAGCCUUGAAAGAUGGUGGCAUGCGGCCUUUGAAUUUAGGCGCCAUCCCCACGCCAGCCCUGACCUAUUUUGCGCUCCAAAGGGGCAAAGGCAGUAUCAUGGUAACAGGUAGCCACAUCCCAUUUGACCGCAAUGGGUACAAACUCAACACCAGCAAGGGGGAACUUAUGAAGAAAGACGAACAUCCAAUCAAUGAUUUGGUGGCCCUUACUCGGGAAAAGCUGAUGGAACAAGAGUUCUCUGAAUCACUAUUCGACGAACAGGGCAUGUUACGCAACAAACCAUCCACCCUGGAGCCUGUCUUGCCCGAGGCUAGAAGCGCAUAUAUUCAACGAUUCCUAGAUUUCUUCGAAGGCGAGACGUUGCAGGGAAUGACGAUCCUUGCUUACCAGCACUCGGCCGUCGGUCGUGAUCUUUUAGUUGAGAUCUUCGAGAAAUUCGGCGCCAAUGUGAUCCCUGCCGGAAGAAGCGAAACAUUCGUGCCCAUUGAUACCGAAGCUAUCGACCAGGCCCAGCUUGAUGUAGUUCAAAAGCUAUACGACCAAGCCGGCCAGUCAUCCAUCAACGCCAUGAUCUCUACUGAUGGCGACAGUGACCGUCCGCUUCUCCUUGCGCCCAGAAACGGCAAGCUCUGCUUCUUCGGUGGCGACCUCUUAGGCAUGAUAGUCGCACAAUUUCUCCGUGCAGACGCAGCGGUCGUCCCCAUCAGCGCGAACGAUGCAAUUGAUUAUGGAUCCCUGGCCGAAAUCACAGAACCAAAGACCAAAAUUGGAAGUCCCUACGUUAUCGCAGGCAUGCAGCUAGCCAUUGACAAAGGCCGUAGCCAUGUCUGCGGCUGGGAGGCUAACGGCGGCUUUCUCACCGGCUCGGACAUGAAGCGCAACGGGAAAACACUUUCAGCACUCCCUACUCGCGACGCCAUGCUACCUCUGCUUUGCGCUUUGUUUGCGGCCAAGAACGAGCACAUGACACUUCCGGAUCUGUUUGCUACACUUCCUAAGCGGUAUAGUCGUGCUGCGUUACUGAGAAACUUUCCUCGGUCCACGAGCCUGAAAAUCAUAGAGCGAUUUUCUCCUCCUGAUGCUGUCAUGAGGGAUGUCUCGUUCGAUGCAUCUAGCCAGAUAAUCGUGCGGGACUCAAACAACUCCCAACUCGAUACCACAGAAUCUCAUGCAGGUGACAUCAAGAGAAUCCGCUCCGAGCUCGAAAGUAUCUUUUCAUCUGAGCGUGGGUUUGGUCCCAUCGUUCGCAUCAACUAUACCGACGGAGUGCGCAUGUACUUUGGUAACGGCGAUGUUGCUCAUUUCCGGCCGUCUGGAAACGCCGAUGAGCUACGUAUAUACGCCAUUGCGGAUCAGCAGGAGCGCGCUGAUGACAUUGCUGUGCAGGGUGUUGCUGAGCCCGACGGUCUGCUGAGACGUCUUCAAAGCGUUGUUUGA